CUUGGCUAUACCUCCCUCUUUUCUUUCUCUCCCUCUCUUCCUUCCUUCCUUCCUUUCUCCCCUCCUCCUCCCAGAGAUGGAAUGCGAGAAAGAGUCAAUGCAGCUUUAAAGGGGCCAGCUUUAAAGGAAGGUCCACGUGAGCCUCGGUGUGUUGCCAUUGAUCGCAUCUCCCGGCGUUGCAGCAGCAGCCCGCCUGCCUCUCUCUCUCACUCACUCACUUGCCGGUGAAACUGACACACAUCGAGACGCCGCGUUUUGCGGGGCUCUUGCGGCAGUUCGUGCGGGGAGCCUGAAAAGGGGACGACCCGCGCUCAAGCGGCAGCAGAUGAAGUUUGAGCUGUGAGCCCCCGCGUGGCCCGAUCGGGGGCGGCUCGCUCUUUGGGUGGGGGAAAGGCAGGCAGGCUAGCGAGGUGGGGGCGAUCGUUUGCUUGGCUCGCCCCACCAUCUUUGCGUAGGGGAAGAGGGGGAGAGGCAAGCGUAGUCCCAGCUCGGCUGCGCUGCAAGCUCCUCCAAGCCAAUGAGCCUUUUCAGGCUGGAGUGAAGAAGGGAGGAACGAGGGAGAAAAGGAGGGCGAAGAACGGGAGGGAGUGAGGGGAGGAAGAAAGGAAGAAAGGAAGGAAGGAAGGAAGGGGGUCUUACUUCUGAGGCUCCCCACAUUUGCGCCGAUGCCCAUCUGGUCAGUUUCGUCGUAGGGACUGAACUGCAGGGGCCGAAGAAGAACCGAGCGAAACGAAAACUAGACGAACAGAAGUAGGAAAAAAAACCAUAUUAAUAUGGGUCAGCCGGUGCCUCCAACUAUUUUCCUCAUGCUGGUGGGGCUUCUGGGGGAGUCGCUCGGAGGUUUUCCAAACACCAUCAGUAUAGGGGGACUUUUCAUGAGAAACACAGUCCAGGAGCACAGCGCAUUCCGAUUUGCUGUACAGUUAUACAACACAAACCAGAAUUUUACAGAAAAACCUUUUCACUUGAACUACCAUGUUGACCACCUGGAUUCCUCCAACAGUUUUUCAGUAACAAAUGCAUUCUGUUCGCAGUUUUCCAGGGGAGUGUAUGCCAUCUUUGGAUUCUACGACCAGAUGUCGAUGAACACGCUGACGUCUUUCUGUGGGGCGCUGCACACAUCUUUCAUCACUCCCAGUUUCCCAACUGAUGCUGAUGUGCAAUUUGUCAUUCAAAUGCGCCCAGCUCUGAAGGGAGCCAUCUUGAGCCUCCUGACUUACUACAACUGGGAGAAGUUCGUGUACCUCUAUGACACAGAAAGAGGAUUUUCCAUUCUUCAGGCAAUUAUGGAAGCCGCCGUGCAAAAUAAUUGGCAAGUGACUGCCCGAUCCGUGGGAAGCAUAAAAGAUGUUCAGGAGUUCAAGGCAAUCAUUGAGGAAAUGGACAAGCGGCAGGAGAAAAGAUACUUGAUCGACUGCGAGGUUGAAAGAAUAAACACCAUUUUGGAACAGGUUGCAACCCUUAGUAAACAUUCCAGAAGUUAUCACUACAUGCUUGCUAAUCUGGGUUUUACAGAUAUUUCACUGGAAAGAGUGGUACAAGGAGGUGCCAAUGUAACUGGAUUUCAGAUUAUUAAUAAUGACAAUCCAAUGGUCCAGCAGUUUAUGCAGCGCUGGGUGAGACUUGAUGAAAGAGAAUUCCCCGAAGCAAAAAAUUCUCCGCUAAAGUACACAUCUGCACUGACCCAUGAUGCCAUACUAGUCAUAGCAGAAGCUUUCCGGUACCUCCGAAGGCAGCGUGUUGAUGUCUCCCGGAGAGGUAGUGCUGGAGAUUGCCUAGCAAACCCUGCUGUGCCUUGGAGCCAAGGGAUUGAUAUAGAAAGAGCACUGAAAAUGGUUCAAGUGCAAGGAAUGACGGGAAAUAUCCAAUUUGACACCUACGGACGUAGAACUAAUUAUACAAUUGAUGUUUAUGAAAUGAGACCUGGAGGACCACGGAAGGCUGGUUACUGGAAUGAAUAUGAGAGGUUUGUGCCAGCAGUAGACCCCACAGUCUCCAACGACACUUCCUCUGUCGAGAACAGGACCAUCGUGGUCACAACCAUCCUUGAAGCACCCUACGUGAUGCGCAAGCAAUCUCCUGACCAAAAGGGAGGAAAUGAAAAAUAUGAAGGCUAUUGUGUUGAUCUAGCUUAUGAAAUAGCAAAGCACGUUGGGAUAAAAUAUGAACUAUCCAUUGUUCCUGAUGGGAAAUACGGAGCAAGGGAUCCUGACACUAAAAUGUGGAAUGGCAUGGUGGGUGAGCUGGUCUAUGGGAGAGCAGACAUUGCAGUUGCCCCGCUGACUAUAACUUUGGUCCGAGAAGAAGUCAUAGACUUUUCCAAGCCAUUUAUGAGCCUGGGCAUUUCCAUCAUGAUCAAGAAGCCCCAAAAGUCUAAACCGGGGGUCUUCUCCUUCCUGGAUCCUUUGGCCUAUGAAAUUUGGAUGUGUAUAGUCUUUGCUUACAUUGGAGUCAGCGUGGUUCUGUUCCUAGUCAGCAGAUUCAGCCCUUACGAGUGGCAUUUGGAGGACAACCAGGAAGAACCACGAGACCCUCAGAACCCUCCUGACCCUCCAAAUGAGUUUGGAAUAUUUAACAGCCUUUGGUUUUCCCUGGGUGCCUUUAUGCAGCAAGGAUGCGAUAUUUCUCCAAGAUCUCUCUCAGGGCGAAUUGUUGGCGGCGUCUGGUGGUUCUUCACCCUCAUCAUUAUCUCUUCCUACACUGCCAACCUUGCUGCCUUCCUUACGGUGGAAAGGAUGGUGUCUCCCAUAGAAAGUGCUGAAGACUUGGCUAAGCAGACUGAAAUAGCCUAUGGAACUCUGGAUUCAGGUUCAACCAAAGAAUUUUUUAGAAGAUCCAAAAUAGCUGUCUAUGAGAAAAUGUGGUCGUACAUGAAGUCAGCAGAGCCAUCUGUAUUUGCCAAAACAACAGCGGACGGGGUAGCCCGCGUGAGGAAAUCUAAGGGGAAGUUUGCCUUCCUGCUCGAAUCGACCAUGAAUGAGUACAUUGAACAACGGAAGCCUUGUGACACAAUGAAAGUUGGUGGGAACCUGGAUUCCAAAGGCUAUGGUGUAGCAACUCCCAAAGGCUCAGCAUUAAGAACUCCUGUAAACCUUGCAGUAUUGAAACUCAGUGAACAAGGCAUCUUAGACAAGCUGAAAAACAAAUGGUGGUACGAUAAGGGUGAAUGUGGCGCCAAGGACUCGGGAAGUAAGGACAAGACAAGCGCUCUGAGCCUGAGCAAUGUUGCUGGGGUUUUCUAUAUUCUUGUCGGAGGUCUCGGCCUUGCCAUGACGGUGGCCUUGAUAGAGUUCUGUUACAAGUCACGGGCCGAGUCCAAACGAAUGAAACUCACAAAGAACACACAAAACUUUAAGCCUGCUCCUGCACCCAAUACCCAGAAUUAUGCUACGUACAGAGAAGGCUACAACGUGUAUGGAACAGAAAGUGUUAAGAUCUAGUGGUACGGCUAAAGGUCCAGGAACUGUGGUGACUUCAGAUCCCGCACUUAUGAUGGCAUGCAAAGGAAGGAGCUACCAAGAUCCCAGCAACUUCAGUGAUCCUGACCACCUGAGCCAAUUUUACUCCCUCCCAGAUGUCGGGUCUGACACAUUAUUGACGAUGGUGCAAUGAACUCUUCAUAGGAAUUUUAUUUUUUCCUUCAGUGCCUUACAGGAAAUUCUUAAGACUCAAAAACAAUGCAAACCAUCAAAAAAAAUAGUCUUGCUUUGCUUGAAAACAAAACAACAACAACUACUACUACUACAAGAAGAACACAGAUUAAUAAGAAGAUGAUAUUCUCAUACACGGAAAGAGAAAGAGAGAAAAGUAUUCUUGUAAAAAUAAUUUUAACAAAAGUUCAACAGAAGCCAUUCUUUGAUACCACUGCACAGUAUAUAUGGACGUUAAUUCUUUUGAAAAGAGACAAAAGGUUUUCAAGUGCCCCCUUUUAUCAAAAUAUUAAGCUGUUCUUAAUAUUAUGCCUCAGAAUACCACUGCUUAUAUUCUUAGGGCAGCCUGUUAACCUAACUCUGUGAUUUCCUGUCACAAUGUGUUGCUUUGUUCCUUCCUUUGUGAUGGUAAGGAUCCUCUUUUGCCAUUUCCGCUCUAGAUCCUGCCUCACAUUUUAAGAAAAUGCAUAUAUCUGCUCCAACAAGUGAAUGUAACAUACAAACAAAACAAAAAAUGAUGAAAAUAUAUGGAGGGGGGGAGGAGGUGUGUCAACCAAUUGAAAUAAAACAUCAUGGAGGCUCAUGCAUCAAUUUGUCAAGGAAGGACCUGGUGUAUCUUACAAAGGAAAGUUUUCAAGAAGGAAAACACAAGAGGACAGGCUAGAAAAGCACCCAUGUCCUCUAUCAUCUGCAAGUGCAUUCUUAUUUUUAUUAUUAAAACAAAAAUAAAUAGCAUCACUAGUUUUGAGAAGAAUUCAUUCCAUUCCAUUUCCUGCCACAUUUCACGUUUCUGUGCGAUAUAUCUUUUGGAUGUUUAUUGCUGGCACCGUUGUCCCUUCUCCAUUCUACAUUUAAUAUCAAAUGAUUAUAAGUGAGAGGACUGAAGAAUACAGUUGUCCCCCAUAACGCAGUUUCAGAAUCUCCACCUUUUCUUUUCCUUUUCCUUUUGUAAUAGUUAGGAUAAUAAUAAUGAUGAUGAUGAUGAUGAUAAUUUUUUUUUAAAGAAAAAAAAACUAGCACUGUGCUCAGACGAUGCUUCGUGGAUCAGCCUCGCUUUGUAAAAAACUAAAAUUAAAAACAUAACACAGGAUGGUACCUCAAAAGAGACCAGCUGGUCCGACUUGUAACAAAAUGCUCUAGCAUUACUAUUGCUGGUAGUUAUUAUAUUCUCAGCUGCUGCCAAUCAUAAUUUCAUGGCUACUUUUUUUCUUUCCUUUCUGAAAGAUACUUAGGGUUCAUCUUCAGUUUUCCUAACAGAUAUAACGCAUUCCAGUAUAUACAGCUUAAGAUACGGACUGCAUUUAUUGCCUUACAGCUUUUUCAGAUGUAGGAUGUGCUCCACCAUAGAGUCUAGCAGAAGUCGACAACAUUGGAAGAGCUCAGGGGCAGAGCGUGUGGCUGGAGUUAGAGAAGAUACCAGGUCCAAUCCCUGGAAUCUCUAAAUGUAAAAGACCUCAGGUAACAGGGUGAAGGAAGACCUCUGAGUCUGGAAUCUUGGGGAGGUUUUUGCUCCUUAGAGUAGACAUCCUUACCAAGGUGGACCAAUGGUCUGACUCAUUAUGAAGCAGCAUCAUAUGUUCAUAAGCUGCAUCUUUAAACAAAAAAACAAAAACAAAAAAAACCCAUUGUCAUUUACCAGAUAGACAAAAUACAAGUUAAAGGAGUCAUCUACAUACUAAUUACCUCUAAUUAUGACAAUAUGUGCAACUGGUAGUUCAGCAAGGGUUUCAUUUCACUGAUAACAUACUGGAUAUUAAACAAAAUUUUAAGAAAUAUUAUGAAUAAUAUAUUUUUUCUUUAAAAUCAAAAAAGGAAAAAAUGUUUGAAAGAGGUCACUGAAUAUAUUUGAUAGCUCAUUAGAACAAGGCAUAUAAAGGUCACUGAUGAUAUAUUUGAUAGUUCAUUAAAUCAAGGGAUAUACUAUAGGACUUGGGGGGGAUACGUUUUCACAAAUGUAACAUAAAAAAAAAAAUCAUCAGAGAAAAUUCUCCCAUAGAAUAAGCUGCUGCUCAUGUUUUUACAGAGGUAUUAAGCAAAAAGAAGCUGUACUUUUUCAUGAAACUGUGAUUCUCAAUUUCUGAAUGCUAUAAUGUUCCAGCAAAAGGAAAUGCAAAGCUGUGCAAAAUGUUGUAUUUAAGUUUUAAAAAAGG